UUUAAAGCCAUCCAUGCUCACACAAUGGAAAGGAACUAAGAAAGAAACUUAUUUUUGAACUCUUUGAACCUCAGAGGUCAAUCUCCAGUAAGAUUCUAAAACUCCUCCGUUGAAACUCCAAGUCCUAUGGAUGACUUUAACUUUAAAACAAGUCACAUUCCACCUUUCGGUAGCUGGGAUAGCUCCGAUGACCUCCCUUUCACUCGGUGCUUUGAAUCGGCAAGACAGGCCGGGUUACAUCGCCACAGUUCCUCUGAAGAUCGGGAUUUGGACAUCGACGGCGAUAUGUACCAAAAUGAUGUGGUGACUCCGGCCAUUAUCGUCCUUCCUCGUCGAAGGGCAAAAGCUCGAUACCCACAAGUGAAAGAGGCGAAAAAAGAGGCUUGGGUAGUGUGCAACUGUGACUAUGAUGUGAAAGAACCACCAAGCCCCGUGCCAGAGUCUCCUGCAUCCAAAACCGUUGAAGAAGAUUUGUAUAGGAUCUCACCAGAACUCCUCCAUGCAAAGCCCAGAAAGAGGUUAUGGGGCUUCUUCUCGAGCUGCCUGAUGCCAACUUGCCUUCACUUGACUGAGGCUCAUAGGACUACCUACUUACCUGGAAAAUGAGAAGAAUACAGAGAAAAUGAGAAGAAUAGACAUAUUAUUACUAGUGUAUAAAUGGUGUUAAUGUACUUUUAAGACUUCCUGUGAAAAUGCCAAAUUGAUUGUUGGCCCAAGAAGAUAAUUCAAAAAUUAUCAGAUGAUAAUGA